GGGCCAGCUACCCAGAAUGCCCCGGCGGGUACCAGGGGCAGAAGUGCACAGUUUCACCCGGCCUGGACACUGGGUGCAUGUUAGCCUUGUGUCCCCUUCACCGUUCCCUUCACCGUCCCACGGUGUAACUGUGCAGUGUAGUAAGAGUACAGUGUUAAUGGUAAGGUGAUACAGCAACAAUGGUGAAGUAGUACAGAAAAUACAGUUGAGAAAUAUAUAUAUAUAAACAUUAGCAUUGGGGCUGCGGCCAGCUCAAGCAACAGGAGUCGCCACAGCCCACAGCCGCUGACACUUCCCACAGCAGCUGACACUACCCACACAGCCCACAGCCGCUGACACUACCACCACAGCAGCUGACACUACCCCCACAGCAGCUGACACUACCCACACAGCCCACAGCAGCAUGAUAAGCUCCCCACACUAACCAGCGACAGGAAAAACUCUCUCUCAAAGAAACGCCAUGCGUCGAGCGGCCCCCGCCAACGUACCGGCGCUGACAUGGGCGGUGGUGGUGUGGGCGUUGGCGGGCGUGUGCGACGCCGGCGUGGGCGUGUGGAUGGACGACGGCAACGGGCGGACGAUUCUAGCCGACAACCUGGGCUCGGAGGAGGCGGCGGAGCUGGCUAGGGACAUCCUGGACGUCCUAGACCUGCCAGCGCCCCCGCACAUCUUGGGCCGCCACCACCACCACCACACUCGCGUCCACCACGCCCACGGCUCGGCGCCCACGUGGCUCAAGAGCGUGUACGACAACCUGGACGAGCACGGACACGCCAGCUCCGCCCACAUGGACGCGACACACAGGGAGACGGUGACCGCAGCAGACACCAUCAUUACCUUUGUCAGCAGAGACCCGCCUGAGAGCCGGCUGGCCGGGGGACAACACGGAGGCAACAAGAAGAUGUACUUCGAUGUCGGGGAUGUGCCCCUGGACCACUCCCUUCUGGGGGCCGAAGUCCGGGUCCAUCGUCAUGAUCUCUACGACGAGCCUCUCAACCUCCAUGUUUAUAUGAUCAAGGAUGACCAAGGGGGAGAGUCAGAGGUGGCGAGGGUGACGCUGCGGGACCCUGGAUGGGUGAGCAUCAAUGUGACUGCUCCAGUUCUCUCCUGGCUCAUCUUUCCAAACACCAACUUCGGUCUCCGCCUGGCUGUCACUUCCUUGGACCGCAAACACGAACGUCGCUUCCACGAGGUGGGUGUGUCGGGCGCGAAGGACGAAGAGGCUUACCGUCCCUUCAUGGUCGGGUUCUUCGCCUUGCCGUCGUCAUCCUACAAGAAGAAGAGGAUCCGAACCACCAGGUCCGUCUCCGCGCCGCCCAGAAGCCAACAGAGAAGUUAUCGAGACAUCGCGGACAGGCCCCACACGUCGGAUACGGACUGCAGGAUGAAACACCUUCACGUAUCCUUCAGGGACCUGGGCUGGGAGAACUGGGUCAUCGCUCCUGAAGGCUACGACGCCAACUACUGCGAGGGCCACUGCAAGUUUCCCCUGCAGGCGGAGCUCAACGCCACUAACCACGCCCUCGUGCAGACACUGGUGAAGGUGGUAGGCGGGGUCGCCGAGGACCAAGAGGUGCCUCCCAACGCCUGCUGUGCACCCAUCGAUCUCGCUACCAUACCUGUACUCUACUAUUCCUACGAGAACAACAUUGUCUUGAAGAAGUAUCCAAAGAUGAUUGUGAAGACUUGUGGAUGCCUUUAGGUCCUGUCGAAGGACUGGAUGUACAUGCAUUUAUUGUAGCUUAUUAUUGUGAGAAUGAUAUAAUUCAUUUCUUGUGAGUAACCCAAACCGCAUAUUUGAAAUAACAUGAAAGUAAGGAGGUUUCGAUUCGUCCUGGAUGCUUGUCCGUUCAUGUCUAACUGAUAAGUGUACAGGAAGGGCCGGAACGUCGUCACUUUUAUUUCAUUUGUUUUUUGUUGGGUCAUAUAUGUGUAUGUGGGGGUUGCAUCAUGUGUGCAGGGUCAUAUAUGUGUAUGUGGGGGUUGCAUCAUGUGUGCAGGGUCAUAUAUGUGUAUGUGGGGGUUGCAUCAUGUGUGCAGGGUCAUAUAUGUGUAUGUGGGGGUUGCAUCAUGUGUGCAGGGUCAUAUAUGUGUAUAUGGGGGUUGCAUCAUGUGUGCAGGGUCAUAUAUGUGUAUGUGGGGGUUGCAUCAUGUGUGCAGGGUCAUAUAUGUGUAUGUGGGGGUUGCAUCAUGUGUGCAGGGUCAUAUAUGUGUAUGUGGGGGUUGCAUCAUGUGUGCAGGCUGCCUCAUAUGUUUUUGUUGGGUAAUUUGUUUUUAUCUACGUUAUUAUGACCCGUUUUCCGCAGUUUGCGUCUUGUUCCAACACAAUCAUAAAGCGCCCAACGACAGUUUUGGUAAUAGUGUGGAAGAACACCAAUUGUUAGUGACGACAUGACUGCAUCUUAUGUACAAGGACAACAAUGUCAAGGCAUAAACAGGGACAAUCAGCAAGCAUGAACUAUGCCACAUUGUUGGGGCAAGUCUUGUCUAGAAUGAUUACCAGCAAAAGGAUUAAUACAGUGUCUAGAGGAUUAAUAUAAUUAAUACAUUGUCUAGAGGAUUAAUAUAGCCACUUGAAGACGUAUGUGUCCGUCUUAUUGAUGUGGGACAAAGUUUAUAUCCCGUAAUAUUGGCCCCCAAGGUAAAUUUUAGUUGAAGUUGCCUAUAACGUUAAGUAAUCGUAAAACCUUUAAUUGAUUAUUAAAAUAAUAUAUGUCCUGCCAGAAAGAAUAUGUGUAAAAUCAAGUCUUGUUCAUCUGUUAUGGUAGAACAACUUUCCCAAGAAAUAUUCCUCGGCUUAGAACCAAGUUAGGUGAAUAGGCACCAGCUUAAUAGUAAAUUAAAAAGACUGAAAACAAACUUUAUCCUGAAUCUAAUGCUGGAAAAUAUCAGCAUAUCGUAGCAUACUGAAGAGCAGCUUAUGUUUAUUGCCUUAAGAAAGCUUCCAUCUUCAGGGGAUCAGCUUUGUCAACAUUCUCUAGAUGAUGAAUACAGAUUCUAAGUGGCUUUUGUAUUUAUAAAAACCAACACCGCACUUCAGAAUCUAUGUGAAGCUCUAUUACAGCACCACAUAGCUCAUGUGGUCUUCACUAGAGCACCACAUAACCUAUGUGAGGCCACACUAGAGCACCACCUAACCCAUGUAUGGGCCACACUAGAGCACCACAUAACCCAUGUGAGGCCACACUAGAGCACCACAUAACCCAUGUAUGGGCCACACUAGAGCACCACAUAACCCAAGUGAGGCCACACUAGAGCACCACCUAACCCAAGUGUGGCCACACUAGAGCACCACAUAACCCAUGUGUGGCCACAAUAGAGCACCACAUAACCCAAGUGAGGCCACACUAGAGCACCACAUAACCCAAGUGAGGCCACACUAGAGCACCACCUAACCCAAGUGAGGCCACACUAGAGCACCACCUAACCCAAGUGAGGCCACACUAGAGCACCACCUAACCCAAGUGAGGCCACAGUAGAGCAUUAAAUAACCCAAGUGAGGCCACACUAGAGCACCACCUAACCCAAGUGAGGCCACACUAGAGCACCACCUAACCCAAGUGAGGCCACAGUAGAGCAUUAAAUAACCCAAGUGAGGCCACACUAGAGCACUAAAUAACCCAAGUGAGGCCACACUAGAGCACCACAUAACCCAUGCGUGGCCACACUAGAGCACCACAUAACCCAUGCGUGGCCACACUAGAGCACCACAUAACCCAUGCGUGGCCACACUAGAGCACCACAUAACCCAUGCGUGGCCACACUAGAGCACCACAUAACCCAUGCGUGGCCACACUAGAGCACCACAUAACCCAUGUGAGGCCACACUAGAGCACCACAUAACCCAUGCGUGGCCACACUAGAGCACUAAAUAACCCAUGUGUGGCCACACUAGAGCACCACAUAACCCAUGCGUGGCCACACUAGAGCACCACAUAACCCAUGUGUGGCCACACUAGAGCACCACAUAACCCAUGUGAGGCCACACUAGAGCACCACAUAACCCAUGCGUGGCCACACUAGAGCACCACAUAACCCAUGUGAGGCCACACUAGAGCACCACAUAACCCAUGUGAGGCCACACUAGAGCACCACAUAACCCAUGUGUGGCCACACUAGAGCACCACAUAACCCAUGUGUGGCCACACUUGAGCACCAUAUAACCCAUGUGAGGCCACACUAGAGCACCAUAUAACCCAUGUGAGGCCACACUAGAGCACCACAUAACCCAUGUGUGGCCACACUAGAGCACCACAUAACCCAUGUGAGGUCACACAAGAGCACCUCAUAACCCAUUCCAGGCUUCAGUAGAGCACCGCAAAUGCAAAUGAGGCUUCCACAAAGCACCACAUAACGCAUACGAGGCUACAGUAUAGUGCAACAUAACCAACAUAAGGCUUGAUUCGAGCACAGUAUAACCCAGAUGAAGCUUCACUAAUAUGCCACAUAACCAUAUGAGUGUGUGUGUGUGUGUGUGUGUGUGUGUGUGUGUGUGUGUGUGUGUGUGUGUGUGUGUGUGUGUGUGUGUGUGUGUGUGUGUGUGUGUGUGUGUGUGUGUGUGUGUGUGUGUGUG